GAUCAAGCUUUCUGCAAGUCUCCUAUCCAGAACUUUCAAGAUGCAUUAAAUGUAAAUGACAGACUGAAGUGCUCUCUAGUCCAAAAGAGAAAAGAUAGGUUGUUUCAGUUGGGUGGUGUUACUCUAGACGAACUAGGCUAUAACGAUCGUCCGGUAACCACUCCUGACGGGAUAUAUGGGCCCGCAGUGUCUCUACGGCCAGGUACUUGUUCUCAAUUCCUCUCGGUGGCAAUCAGUAACAUCUACUCUACAGCGAAAGCAGGGCGUCACUCGUCUGAAACGAUCGAUAGAUGA